AUGGAUUUAAAGUCCAUACAAGGAUCCAUAUCCUUUGAUAAAUUUCAAAAAUGUGGUGAAGUUUAUAGAUCUCCUAUAAUAAGUGAAAAACAAUACAGGUUUCUAUCAUGUAUUUAUUGUAAAGAUAUUUCUUGGGAGCUGGACACUUUCUUACAACAUCUGGAUAAUGCUCAUCAUCCAAUAGAUGAUAUAUGUUCAAAUUUAUAUAAAGAAGAGGAUCCCAUCGAAGAAAAUGUAGCAAGCAAUGGAAAUGUCACUGAAUCAAAAAUGAAGCAGAGUUCAGCAAAGCCGAUUACGGAACCUAGGAAUAAUAAAGAAAAUGACCCUUUGGAUGAAACCCGUUACGAUUACACUGAUUUCCUACCGGUGACUGUCAAAGAGGAAGAAGCAUCUGAAUCGAUUGAGAACAAUGAUGUUAAUUUAAACCGGGAUAGCAAUAGUAACAGCAAUGCUAGUCAUAACAAUGAAAUUUUGGAAAUAUACCAAUUCGAAUAUGAUGACAAUAAUAGUAGUGAUGAAGAUUAUGAGCCAGAUAAGGCCACCACUGACGAUGAAAAUUAUGACAAUGCUGGUGAAUAUCUUAAUGAGGAAUAUGAUAAAGAUGACGAGGAUAAUAAUGAUGAUGAAGUCGAUGACGAUAUUGAGUUAUUUGACCUGAAAUUUGAAAAUAAGAAAACAAAUCUUAAACGUUUUACCAAAAAUCGUGAAUUUAUUAAAGCAGUUAUAAAUGCAUAUAAAAAGCAAAAUAUUCUAUGGGACAUUGCUCAUAAAAACAAAAAAAGAAGUUCACCAGAAAAGCAAACAGCCCUUAAAAUCAUAUUAAAUGAAAUUAAUGAAAAAUUUGACAUCAGUGCAACUUUGCAACAAAUAGAGCGUAUAAUUAAACGCCUUAAGUUGCGAUUUAUACAUCAUUCACGAUUAAGAGAUAAAGGAGAAUCCUAUAAACCUUUAUGGUUCUAUGAUUUAUUAACAUUUUUAGAACCACAUUUAAAGGAAAAUAAAUUGCGAAGUGGUAUUUAUAAACAAUUAAAUGAUAAUCAAUUCCUUUCAUUACUCAAACUGUUAAAGGAAAAUGAAUGUUUUUGGAAUGAAAACAAUAUUUAUCAUACUUCGGUAAUAAAUAAACAGGAUAUUUUAAAAUCUAUGACAAAUGAUUUUUCAAAAAUGUGUGAAUAUAAAGAAUUUAAUGCUGAUAUUAUGCAAAAUACAAUAGACGAAAUAAUCGAAAUGGCUAGAGAAGAGAAUGCAAAUAAGAUGAGUCAUAUUGCCAGUAAUAAGAAUGAUGAAUAUCAGUCCAGCAAUAAAUUCUAUAAAGACAUACAAUUUCUGUUGCCACACGUUGGUCCUUUUAAAUGCAAUUAUUGCCCGAAAACUUUUACUGAUAUAUACGCCUACAAAUUCCACAUAUCAAGACAUGAAGGCACCAAACCCUUCCAAUGUAUGCUAUGCCCACGCGAAUUAACACACAAAAAAGAAUUUGUGUGUCAUUUAAGGCGUCAUACGAAGGAGUGUCCUUUUCAGUGCGAGGAAUGUGACAAAUCAUUUCCCAGCAAAAAGGAAUGGCAUCGACAUGUUAUAAAACAUGGCUCCAAACCGUAUGUCUGUGAACUGUGUGCCGAUAGUUUCUAUACCCAACAUCAGUUAACCAAUCACAUGAAAAAUCACAACAAUAUACGGGAUCAUGUUUGUCCUGAAUGCGGCAAAGGCUUCACACAUCGUGGCUUGCUAAGACAACAUUUGCAGACUCAUAAUAAAACGAAAUGUGUAUGCUCACUAUGCGAUAAUAUAUAUUCAAAUCCACGCAGUUUGCGUAAACAUUAUGUUAGAGUGCACGAGUCAGGACAGGAACCUUCAGCCGCAUCUAUGGCUCAGUAUAAUUGCCAAAUAUGUAAAAUAACGUUUCUUUCCAUACAAGAUGCCAAGCAGCAUCGCAAAGAGCACAAACAAAGUAAUCCUGCAGAACGUAAACAUGUUUGUGAUAUAUGUGGUCAUCAUUUUGCUUAUCCCAGAAAUUUGGCUGAUCACAAAAAGACCCAUUCAAAUAUACGUGAUCAAGUAUGUGAUGUUUGUGGAAAGGCUUUUACAAAUACCAACCUAUUGAAUCAACACAAAAAUGUACACACCGGAGAGAAAUUUGUGUGUAAGGCAUGCGGAAAAGAUUAUGCCCACUAUCGGGGACUAUGCCGACAUAUUACAAAAGCACACGGUACUAACAUACGAGACUUGGACGCUUUAUUGGAAAAGCAAAAAUUGGCACCAACACCACAGUAAUUUUAGUAUUUAACUUACCAAAUUAAUACAUUUUGUUAUUUUGAAAGUGGUUUAGAUUAGUUUUAAGUUAAGUAGAACCAUAUAAAAA